CAAAACUCAAAGUUUUCUUUUCUUAGUUUGUGUUUAAACAAAAUUUGUUUGAAUGAUACUUACAUUUAACCAAUUUAAAAAUCUUUUACGUUCAUAUUAAUUAGUAAGCAUGUCUGUUACGUUGCAUACAGAUGUUGGUGAUAUAAAAAUCGAAUUAUUCUGCGAGCAGUGUCCAAGAACAUGUGAAAAUUUUCUGGCACUUUGUGCAAGCGAUUAUUACAACGGUUGUUUAUUUCAUCGAAAUAUAAAGGGAUUUAUAGUUCAAACCGGUGAUCCUUCGGGAUCAGGCAAAGGAGGGACCUCUAUCUGGGGUAAAAAAUUUGAAGAUGAAUUCAGAGAAGAUUUAAAGCACAAUGCAAGAGGGAUGGUGAGCAUGGCAAACAACGGUCCAAAUACCAAUGGCAGUCAGUUUUUCAUUACCUAUGGGGAGCAACCACAUUUGGACUUGAAAUACACAUUGUUUGGAAGGGUCUUAGAUGGAUUUGAAGCUCUUGAUGACUUAGAGAAGAUGGCAGUAAACCCGAAAACAUACAAGCCACUUAACGAUGCCAAAAUCACAUCAGUUACAAUACACGCAAAUCCUUUGGCUGGUUAAACAAU